GAUCCAGUCUGUCAAGAGUCUGGCGCCCAUCAAGAUCAUUAGGUCUUUGACUUUUUUUGCAAUAAAAAAAAAACGUUUCCUUCAACUAUUGUUAAUCGCUCAAUAUGAAGUACAUUCUCGUCACUGGGGGGGUGAUCAGUGGGGUCGGAAAAGGUGUUAUCGCCAGUUCGUUCGGUACAAUUUUGAAAAAUUGUGGAAUACACGUUACUUCAAUUAAAAUUGAUCCGUACAUAAAUAUAGACGCUGGCACGUUCUCACCUUAUGAGCAUGGUGAAGUUUACGUUCUUGAUGACGGAGGUGAAGUUGAUCUCGACCUCGGUAACUACGAGCGUUUUCUUGACGUGACACUACACAGAGAUAACAAUAUCACAACUGGAAAGAUCUAUCAGCACAUUAUAACUAAAGAGAGGCGAGGGGAUUAUUUGGGAAAGACAGUUCAAGGUGUGCUUGUGCCACACAUCACUGAUGCCAUUCAAGAAUGGGUGGAGAAGGUGUCCCACAGGCCAGUGACUGAGGAUGGGGACAAGCCAAUGGUGUGCGUGGUUGAACUUGGCGGUACGAUUGGUGACAUUGAGGGAAUGCCCUUCGUCGAAGCUUUUCGUCAGUUUCAGUUCAGGGCGAAGAAGGAGAAUUUUUGCGUCGCUCAUGUGUCUCUAGUACCACAGCCUCGGUCCUCUGGAGAACCAAAGACAAAACCAACUCAGGCAAGUGUUCGCGAGCUUCGAGGACUUGGACUCUCUCCCGACUUGAUUGUCUGUCGCUCUGAGAACCCAAUUGGAGAAUCGGUGAAGGAGAAAAUCUCAAAUUUCUGUCAUGUUGCUCCAGAGCAGGUGAUAACAAUCCACGACUUGUCCUCGAUCUACCGCGUCCCCAUCCUGAUGGAAAGCCAGGGAGUGAUCGAGUUCCUGAACGACAGACUCCAACUGAACAUCGGUACCCCCCGUCCCCGUCAUUUUAUGCGAAAGUGGCGAGACUUGGCGGACCGCAUAGACCACCUCCGCAGAGACGUCAACAUCUCCCUGGUCGGUAAAUACACAAAACUGGAGGAUGCCUACGCCUCAGUGACGAAAGCCCUGCAGCACGCCUCGAUCGAAGUGGGUUACAAGCUCAAGUUGACGUACAUCGAGGCUGCGAAUCUCGAGCAGCAGACAAAGCAGGAAGAUCCAGUGCUGUACCACGAGGCCUGGCAGAAGCUCUGCAGGAGCGAUGGAGUCAUUGUCCCAGGGGGGUUUGGUAAGAGAGGUAUUGAGGGAAUGAUCGAGGCCAACAAGUGGUGCAGGAUGAACGACAAACCCUUGCUGGGGAUUUGUCUGGGUCUCCAGGUGGCAGUUAUCGAGUUUGCUCGCAAUGUUCUGGCCCUCGAGGGUGCGAAUAGCACUGAGAUCAACCCCAAGACGAGUCAUCCAGUGGUCAUUGACAUGCCGGAGCACAACCCUGGGGAGAUGGGGGGGACCAUGAGGCUGGGGAAGAGGGCUACGAGGUUCAAGUCCGAUAAUUCAGUCGUGAAGAAACUCUAUGGGAACGUCGAUGGGAUAGAGGAGAGGCAUCGUCACAGGUACGAAGUCAAUCCCCAGUAUGUCAACGACUUCGAAGCUGCUGGACUCAAGUUCGUUGGGCACGAUGAAGAGGGCCAGAGGAUGGAGAUCAUCGAGCUCGAAGAACAUUCCUACUACGUCGCCACUCAGUAUCAUCCUGAGUACUUGUCAAGGCCCCUCAAACCGUCUCCACCUUUCCUGGGACUCAUCCUGGCUAGUGUGGGGAAACUCAAGUCCUAUCUGGCUCGAGGCUGCAGACUGUCCCCUAGACAAAUGAGUGAUAAUGAUUCUGAUGAUGAGAUGCUUGCUCAUGUCAUGGCUAAGGCGCAGGUCAAACCGAAGGCCGUCAGCAAUGGGCUGCAGCCCAAUGGACAUAAGGAUGAUUAGGGAUUUAAAGCGAUAGGUUUCUUAUUUUUUUAUCAACGACUACGUCUCAGGUGCCAUUUUUGUUCGCUUGUACUUAGUUUAGGGGUGUCUUUGGGAGUUUUUGUACGGUUUCAGAAGGGGUUUUUGGGGGAGGAUGCACAACGGGGUGGGGGGUCGGAGUUCCAUACGAUGCAUUUUUUAUUGAAGGGGAAUUAUUUGAGGGGAUGUUUGGCAGAUUUUUAGGGAGAGUUAUGAAGCAGGAAAAGGCAAUUUUGAAUUUUAUAUCUGUUUUUUCAAGAUAUUUUUUUGAAAAACCAAUUAAGUGGAGACGAUUAUUUAAAUUUUUAGUUCAACUCUUGUUACAAAAUUUAUCACUUUAACGUGAAGUUUAGUUCUAAAUUUUCUCUAAAAAAAAUGUAUUUGCAAAAGUUCUGCUCUCUCCUACACUCUAACAACAAAACCUGAAAUUUCGAAUUGGAAUUAACUCUUCCUGUUUCAUGAUUUUUCUUCUGAUUUCUUCUCACUUCCGGAUUAGUUAGAAUUCAUACUAGACAAGGACAGAAUUAAUCUGAGGAGUUACUAUACUAGUUCGAAGCCAUAAUUAUUACUCAUCUUGAUUGAUAUUUCCAUUUUAAUCACAAAGGACAUCAUAUCAUUAAGGGAAAGUUGUCAAUUUUGUUUAAUGAAUGGGAGUUUUUUUAUGAUGAUUGGUUGAUUACAUAAUACAAAAAAAUGAAUGCAGUGGAUUAUUUUUAUCACAGUUCUGUACACUUUAUUCUUAUUCCUUUUAUUAUCUUCCAAUCUGAAGUUCCCAAGGAUCUGGAAACGUGGAAAAUAUCUAAUAGUACAAAAUUACUGAUUUUUGUCAUUUUUUAAUUAUAAAUACUGUUUAUAUACAAUUCAUUUGCAUAUUAUUCAUUGCUAGCUUCAUCUGACAAUGUCAUUGUUCAUUAUUGCUGCAUUAUUGAUAUAAGAGUGGAAAGUUUAUACGAUAAAUUAAAAUAAUAAAAGAAAUGUAUGACUUAGAAAAUAAAAUAAACCUAAAAAUAAAAAAAUG